CCCCGGGGUUUUGGCAGCGGGAGAGUCUCACCUGCGCAAAAUCACUCCGACAAGCGCUAAAGCAAAGCAAUCCCAGCUUUCAAAAAUUAAUAUAUACAUGCUUAUAACCGAUAUAGGCUAACUGUUUUAUUUCGUAUUAUCGCAUGAUUUUCAUGGAGUCGCACAACAAAUGCCGUCCUUUUCCUCUCUAGCGCGGAAAUAGUAGAAAAUACGGCUGCAUUUGGCAAGAUAUUUUCACGUCAACUUGGCAACUCCUCAGUUUCAGAUUUUGGUUUUUAAAAGCGUUCUUUAAUCGCGUGUUGCCAGUUAUUGUGUUGUUUUUUUUCCAGAAGUGCGUGACCAGUCUCGUCUUCAGCAAUGCAUAUAGAUAAUGGAUAUUGCUAUUCCAGGGCCCCAGUUCGAGACCUCACCGCGAUGGAUUAAUUACCGUGCCUCGGCAGAAUCGCAUCGUUUUCGGGACAUCGCAUGGACACAGGUGGGCCGUUCACCAUUUCCAGCUCAUUAGUUUGUGGGGUUUUUUUUUUUUUUUAAAUUGUCCGACCUGUGCAGCGCACCGAGUAAACACCUGUUUACUGUAACCCUAAGGAGGUAACAGAAAGGCAAAUAACAAGCAAACAAACAAUGGAACAUACUGGGAUAGAAGAAGCGAACCAGACGCAUCAACAGCACGAACCCAUUAGUUUUGGAAUAGAUCAAAUUCUGAACAAUACGGAGCAGCCCAGUAGCUGUAUGCUGCCGAAUCGAACCAGCGAAGCAGACUAUCAGCUGGCCUCCAAUGUCUAUGCCAACGGCUACAACAGCGUGUACAACCCCGCCUGCUCCAUGGCAGCCGGACUUGCGGGCUCCUACAAUGUGAACAUGAACAUGAACGUAAGCAUGAACAUGAACGUCAACGUGAACUCGGGGAAUUCUGGUGGCGUAAUUCGGGUUCCGGCCCACAGACCGAUGCCGCCGACGCCCCAUCCGUCUCCCGCGACACAUCCAGCGGGCAUCUCGGCGGGCAUGCCCACGGUGCCCACUGUUCCCAGCAUGGGGAACGUGGCGAACUUUACGUUUCCGUGGAUGGAGAGCAGUAGGAGAUUCGCAAAAGACAGGCUGACGGCGGAGCAGGCAGUGGACGGACAAGCAGGAGGCCCAGGAGGGAGCCUCCACCCUGAGCCCGAGGGCGAGAUCAGCAGAGCCUCUACCUGGGGCUCUGUGGAAGCUUUAGCCAAACAAUAUUACCCCGAUCUGGCCGUGCUGCGGGAUGCUAGCCCGCUCCUGGACUACCCCUUUCUCAAGGGCGUUUGCCCAGCGGCCCUCUCGCCAUUCUCCGUGACCCGAAGGAUCGGCCACCCCUAUCAGAACCGGACGCCCCCCAAGAGGAAAAAGCCUCGCACCUCCUUCAGCCGCGUGCAGAUCUGUGAGCUGGAGAAGCGGUUCCACCGGCAGAAGUACCUGGCAUCGGCGGAGCGUGCCACACUGGCCAAGGCUCUCAAGAUGACCGACGCCCAGGUGAAGACCUGGUUCCAGAACAGGAGGACAAAAUGGCGGAGGCAGACAGCAGAAGAACGGGAGGCAGAGAGGCAGCAAGCUAACCGGCUGAUGCUACAGCUCCAGCAAGAAGCAUUCCAGAAAACCUUGAGCCAGCCCCUGCAGCAGGACCCUCUGUGCCUGCACAACUCAUCACUCUACGCCCUGCAGAACCUACAGCCCUGGGCUGAAGACAACAAGGUGACCUCCGUCACCUCUGUCGCGUCGGUGGUUUAACCCAGGCGGCAGCAGGGAGGGGGACAUACCAAGUGAGGGGGGGUGUCUUUUUUUGGCAGAAACGGUAGGGCGUCCGAAGCGAACGCUCACUGGCGCACACAGGAGAGGCCCAUGUGACGACGUGUUUUGGACGGGGGUCCCAUUCUCAUCGCGUCGUUUUCCCACCGCUUCAGAGACGUAACUGGACUGGAGCUAACACAACGCCACGUGUCACAUGUUCAUUCGGGGGGUUAUUCUGCCGCAUUAGGGUUAAAAAGAGGUGCUGACGUUUAUAGAUGGACGACACGUUCCCAUUUAAUCCUUUGUGUAUUCCCUGCAAUGCCUGUUCUUUUUUUUUCGUUUUGUAACGUGUGUGGCGGAUCUGGACGUGAGAUUUUGUGUCGUGUCGGGUUCCAUUAAAGUGGACGUAGUAGAGAAAGUCUCCUAGUGGAAGCUCUGCAUUUACACCGACGUGAUUUUCCACACCUGAAUCUGCCGACUGUAUUGACACAUGACCUUGACUCGACAUUUUCAC